CCACCGUCCUCAGCGCCGGCAAUGGAGAGGACGCUGAUGAGGCUGAUGAGGCUGAUGAGGAGGCGGGCCAGGCGAGCUCCACCAUGCUUCUCCACCCUGCAGCAAGAAGCCGUCGCCGACCCGGUUCAGUCGCCUGGCGUCUUGCCCGGGAUCAGGAUCAGGGACACUGCGUCGCAGCUGAUUGGGAGGACACCCAUGGUGUACCUGAACAAGGUCACUGAAGGGUGCGGAGCUCGGGUUGCUGCGAAGCUCGAGUUCUUGCAGCCCUCCUUCAGCGUCAAAGACAGGCCAGCACUGUCAAUGUUGGAAGACGCUGAAAGGAAGAGGUUGAUCACCCCAGGCAAGACCACACUGAUCGAGCCGACAUCCGGGAACAUGGGCAUUGGCCUGGCAUUCAUGGCUGCUCUUAAAGGGUAUGAACUCAUACUCACAAUGCCUUCAUACACCAGCCUUGAGAGGAGGGUGACCAUGAGGGCCUUCGGCGCGAAGCUGGUCCUUACAGACCCAACAAAAGGUAUGGGAGGCACAGUCAGGAAGGCAGCUGAGCUGUAUGAGAACCAUCCCAGUGCAUUCAUGCUGCAGCAGUUUGAGAAUCCUGCUAAUGUCAAGGUACACUAUGAGACAACUGGUCCAGAAAUCUGGGAGGACACACUUGGGGAGGUUGAUAUUUUCGUCAUGGGAAUCGGGAGUGGUGGCACUGUCACCGGUGUUGGCAAGUACCUUAAGGAGAAGAACCCCAAUGCAAAGAUCUAUGGAGUAGAACCUGCUGAAGCAAAUGUUUUGAAUGGUGGCAAACCAGGUCCUCAUCUCAUCACUGGAAAUGGAGUGGGGUUUAAACCAGAUAUUUUGGAUAUGGAUGUAAUGGAAAAGGUUCUUGAGGUGAAAAGUGAGGAUGCUGUUAAGAUGGCUCGAGAGUUGGCUCUAAAGGAGGGUCUUCUGGUAGGAAUAUCAUCAGGGGCUAACACAGUUGCUGCUCUUGAACUAGCGAAGAAGCCAGAAAACAAAGGGAAGCUCAUUGUGACUGUUCUUCCAAGUUUGGGGGAGAGGUACCUGUCAUCUGCUCUAUUUGAGGAAUUGAGAAAUGAAGCUGAGGCCAUGCAGCCAGUGCCAGUCGACUAACUUGGCCAAUCAAUCUAGGCAUUGAGUAUUUGAUGCAGAAAAUUGCAGUGUUCUAAAUAAAUUACAUGCCAAAUAUGCUUCAGCAGCCAAAUUGUACUUCAAUUGCCCUACACAGAUAUGUAUCUUCAGAUUGUGCUGUCACUGAACCUUUUCUGGGAAAUUAUAUAAAAUGGAUGGAGUAAAGCUUUGGUUAA